CGUGCCGCUCAUGGUGACCGCCCCGGUCAGGUGCCUGCGCUGUGCGGAACGUAUGGGAGCAAGAUGACGUCGCUACGCGGGUGCGCGGUGUGUCCGUGAUGUGCGCGCUCCUCGACGAGAGCCUCCCGGAGUUGCAGAACGCGGGCACAAUCCCGUGGCUGCGCGUGCCAGGAGGCGACAUCUCGAUCACGUUUGAGAUCAAUUGCGAGGUGCGUUGGUGGGCCUGUGAUCGCUGCGGGCGCGUAUAUCGAUUUUUUUGUUGGCUCCUUCCCGUCUUGCAGGUCUCCCACACUGCACCGCUGCCUCCGUGGAAGGAGACAUACCAUACGUCCGUCGGACCCUGGGAUCUACGCGAGCGCGUGACGCUGAGGUACCUCGUCAUCGCCACUGCAUUCUUCGUGGGCUGCGUCGCAGGACAUCCGGACAGAAAACGACGACCCGCGUCUGAGCCUGCUCGUGCUCAACAGAAUGCGCAUCGUGGGCUUUUGGACGACGGACCCGCACGGGCGAGAGUGGCACGCGGAGAUCGACCUCAUGCACCGUUCGCACCCGAUGAACGAGGGCGCCGAGCUCGAAUUCAUGUGCAGCGACGGCCUAUGCGCGAAGGGCUGGCCUUCGGAGACGCAGCGCACGCUUGACACGGAAGUGCGGGCGACCGUAUCCGGAGAUUAUGGCUCGGAGUAGUGCACCUGUAUUCGUUGAUCGUAACGAUGGGUACUGCGGGCA